CCGAUUCCUGAACUACGGCUUGUAAUUUUACUCUCAGGCACUCAUAAUUUGAGGAAUCUGGGAGCGUAACAGUUUCCUGUUGCAUUUGAGCUUCUAUAUUUUGAAUCGUACAAUAUCAAUCUGAUGGCAUAGCGUGACUUUUUAAUGAAAGGGUGUUUAUACAGCAGAUCAAUUUUAUUUGUCCGGAAAAAGGUAUAAAUAUCAAAAUGGAUUAUAAAGAAACUUCAUGCAAAGCAACAGCAUGGCAGGCAAACCUUCCAAGUUUAAUGAAUAAUUUGGCAGAAAAAUGGCAAGAAGCGGCUAACACUUCAAUUAUUCCCUGUCAACAGGAGCCGAAGAAGCUAACCACGGAGGCUCUCUGUUUUUUGUGUGUGAUUCUGGUUUUUGUAUUGCUAUGUUUAAUUGGAAGUUCAAUCAGGGCUUAUGAAUCUUUUCGUAAGGUAUUCACAAAGAAACAGAUUUUACAAAACUUGAAAGAACAAAGGAAAGAAACAAAUGGAGUGGCGCAAGUUACAGCGAAGAAAAAGGAAGAUGAACACUUAACUAUUUCAGAUUGGAAAGGAAAAUGCAGGAAAUUUUUCGAUUGUUUUAGCAUUCAAACAAAUGCAAGACAAAUACUAAGUACUGAUACCGACCAAGAACAUAUGGAUUACAUAGACGGAAUACGAGUAUUAAUUUUUCUUUGUAUCUUCAUAACACAUUUUUUCAUGUUUACCGCUCGAGCACUAAGAAAUAUAGAUUAUAAUUUUCAAAUCAUCCUGGAAAUGCCUAUUAUUCAAUUUUAUGAGCAUACAGCUCUCGCAUUAGAUACUUUCGUUCUUGUUAGCGGAUUUUUAACUGCAUAUUCAUUUUCUAAUUAUUUCGAGAAAAAUAAUGGAAAAAUACCAUGGUUUUUAUUCUACACCAGAAGAUUUGUAAGAAUUACACCAGUGUACAUGGCUGUACUGGGAUUCUAUACCACCCUCUUCACAUACAUAAGUUCCAGCCCAGUAUGGCCAACUUACGAUACAAAUCCAGUAUGCAGAAAAAAUUGGAUAUGGAAUCUUUUAUAUAUAAAUAAUUUCAUUACACAUCACAAUCAGUGUAUGAACAUGACUUGGUUUCUCGGAUGCAUUAUGCAGUUGUAUAUGAUUAGUCCUUUAUUUAUGAUUCCUUUGAACAGAUGGCCGAGAGUUGGAUACAUUUUGUCAGUCUUCACUAUCUGCGGUUCAUGUUACGCAACCUUUAUAAUAUCUAAAAAACAUAAAAUACAUGCCACUCUGCCAAAAAUUCUAAAUAUGGAAGUACUACAAAGAGGGACUUGGCAAUUUUUUGAUGAAAUGUAUCAGAAAACUUAUGUAAAAUUAACUCCUUAUAUUAUUGGCAUAUUACUUGGAUAUUAUUUGCAUCGGAGGAAACUAUCCGAGAAGAACAGUUUGCUGACUUUGACUUUUGGAUGGAUCAUUUAUUUCAUUCAGAUGUGGUUCUGUCUUUUCGCUCUCCAGAACAGAGAAGAAUCUGCUUGGGAAUCGGCUAUGUAUAACGGAAUUAAAGCUCUUGUAUUUUCUUGCAGUUUGUCAUGGGUUAUUUUCCUUUGCGCCACGAAACAAGGAGGGUUUAUCAAUAAAUUACUUUCGUUUCCGAUGUAUAAGCCAAUUUCUCGCCUAUCAUACUCUGCUUUCCUCGUAGAAACUAUAGUGUUAGAAGCGUACUUUUUAAGUGUUGACGUAUUUCCAGAGAAACUUGAAAUCGCUAAAGGCUUGCUGUUGGACUUGGACUGGAUAAUAGUCCUGGCUCAUUUGUUGCUGUGGACACUAGUUUCGGCGUUCGUCGUAUCUUUGCUGAUUGAGUAUCCUACAAUAAGAUUAUUGCGCACUUACUUCUCAGAAAAGAAGAAAACAUCGUGAUUUUCAUUUAAAACAUUGACUUAUAAAUAUUUAUUACACCAUUGAAUUUUAGACAUUGUUUUUUUCAAUGUCAUAGAAUUAAUGCAAAUAAGAAACAUUUUGUUCAAUUUAUCUCCUAUCCGAAGCAUUUCAAUUUCUUGGAAAGCAUCAGUUACGUACAGAUUCAAUUUCAAAGUAACCAUAAAGAAAGGAGAUUGUACAAAUUAAUGUAACUCUUUUGAAUUUUAAUCAAGUUCACUUUUUACAAUAAUUAAAAAAUAAUAAAGUAUAAUUAUGUAUAAGAUUUUAU